AUGAGGAGCGCAAUAUGUGUCGCUGUCAGAUACUUAUUUUUAGCAGUAUACUGCGGCUGGAACAUCAGAAUUACUCUACAGGACAAUCAGACUACUGUAAUGAGCCAUCUGGAUUCAACGGAAACUGCAAAUAAAAACCAGACUAUAGUGGUUGAAGCAUUGUGGGAUGAAACCUCUAAGAAUCAAACACAGGUGACAGUUCACGCCGGUGAAUCCAUAAUAUUUGUUUGUCGUAUAUGGACUUCCAGUUCAGGUGUUCAGCAUAUAUCAAACUCUGAGACACAUAUAACUGAGCAAUCAGUAUUUCUUUUCUGUCCAAUGAGUGUUGCAUACUGUGCCCAAGAUUGUCUAUUGGUGGACUCCAAAUGGCCAUUUCAGUGUACUAGACAGUUUAGAAUAAUAUCGGAUUCAAAUUUGCCGUGGUCUGGAGACGUGAGGUAUGCAAACAGUGCUCGAGAACGGCAUUUACAAGAAGUGAUCUACAAAGUGGAUAUAGCGACUAUAACUUCUACUGGGUCCUGGAGUUGCUCGUAUGGUGGAUACCAUUCCAACACUUUAGAGCUGACAGUACGAGAUCGGCCGGCACUUUUAUCAUUGAAAUCAAUUCCACCUAGUCCAGUUGAAACUGGAACUAAUGUUAAGCUUAUAUGUGAAGCUGCUCCUAGUCCUAAAGCUGCCUGGUAUACAUUUAUUUGGCGUCGUCUAGGGAGUCAGAUGCCACCAGCGCAUUCUACUCUGCGUAUAUCUGACACAAUUUCCAUUUUAACACUAUUAUCGGUACAACCAGUCGAUGAUGGAGUAUAUACUUGUCAUAUUUUGCAGUCGUCUUCAAAUUCUGUCAAUGAUGAAUGGUGGGAUAAAACUGAAAUCAUGAAAUCAAGAGUUAGUAGUCCCACGGACAAAUUGAAGUUUACAAAAGAUCCAGCAAUGCAACGUUUGCAUUUAGAUGUUUACCAUCCUCCCACAUCUCUAAACUUAACAGUUUUUCCACGUGGACCUUAUAAAGCUGGAACAAACAUCACCUUCACUUGUCAUAUUCAUGGUGGUAAACCAAAGCCAUUGGUUCACUUUUAUCGUACAAGCACUCGAUUUGAUAAUGGAAAUAUAUCUGUUAUAAACUUGAAUUCAUAUAAUCCAAAAAAUGUAUUGGAGAAUAUAACUCAAAAGGCACAAUCUACUCAACUCUCAUGGCAACUAACAGAGGCGGACAAUAUCGUCAGCUUUGGUUGUGCUGCAAUAAGUCCUGUGAUUAAAGAUCAAAUGUUUUCAUUGUUUGUUGAGGUUGAAAUUAUCUUUCCACCUGAUCAACCUAUACUAUCUGCCGUACCUCAUGGACCAGUUAGUGAGAAUCGUACAAAAGUAUUCACAUGUCAGUCUUCUAAAGGGAGUAAUCCAAGAGCUAAAAUUUUAUGGGAACUUACACCUGCUAUGGAAUAUAUAACUACAGCAUCAAAAAGGGACUACAUGAACUAUACUAAACCAAGUGAAAAAGAAACAGUCAUAAAGCCGGUGAAAAAUUCUGAUUUUGAAAUGGAAAUAUCAGAUAUGCAUUCAAAUAUUAAACGUGAUUCGAACAACGGAGGCUACAUUGCAUUUAGUGAAGUACGCCUAAUUGGAAGACCUUGGUUUAACGGUGCAAGAGUGUCAUGUCAUUUGGUAUGGGGCAGUGAAGUGGAUUACAGCGCUGUACAUCAAAAUAUAUAUCAUAAAACAGUCUAUUUAUCAGUUGAAGUCUUCUUUUGCCCUUCAGCAGUCAAUUUAAUUACAAUCCCACAAAAUGGGAUUCAAGAAAUGUAUGGUGAACAGAUACUAGAAUGUACUGCGACAUCAUCUCAUCCCCCAGCAGUGCUCAUAUGGUUUUACCACAACUCUUCAGGAAGUGUUCAGAAGACCACAACAGAAAAUGUAAUCAUGGAAGAUUCGUUGAUGAAAGUCGAUGCACAACCGAUGUCAAAUCUAAUAAUUACAACGGAAACAUUCCCAGGAAUCUAUGGUGGGAAACGUGUGGUUAGCCGGUUGAAAUUACAUAACAUUUCCAGAAAUUAUGAUGGUAUGCUUUACGUGUGUGUGGUCAAACACAUUGAAUGGACAGAAUCAAUUAGUCGAGCGUAUCAGUUAACGGUGUUAUAUCCACCAGAGUUGAAAGUGACUAUUAUGCCACAGACAUGGCAGGAACGUUUGAAAUCUAGUCAGACAACUCUUGUAUGUACAGUAGAAGGUGGUCAACCAAGAUAUUUUGAAGGUGAGAAUGAAGUCUUAAAUAUGGCAGGUUAUGGGAAUAUGAUUUCUGGAAACAAUGGGAGUAUUUUUGCCUUAAAUCAUGCGCUUCAUGACGAUAAGCACAGUACUUGGAAAUUCUACUGGAAAUUCCGUCCAAAUUACCCAGAUAAUUGGAUGCAGAACAGGAAUCAGGAAGUAUUAGUUAAUAACUUAAAUAACUCAAAUAAAUUAAUCCUUGAACAUCCUGGGAGAAAAGAAGCUGGUGAAUAUACAUGUUUACUUGAAGGUCCAGCUGGAAUAGCGCAAGUGACAAGGCACUUAGAAUUUGCAUUCCCUCCAGAGUUAGCUCCACCGAGAAUAACUUUAGUGACUGCUGCAAUUGGUUCACAGACAGUAAUUGAACUUCAUAUCUGGGCUUAUCCAAUACCUUCAUCUAUUUAUAAUUUGAAAGGAAGUAAAAUGAAACACCGUUUUGUUAAACACUGCAAUCUUCAAGAGAUUGAUCCACAAAUAUUGAAUGAAGUCAAUACACAGAAAAAAGUGUACACUUGGUACAAAGUAACAACAAAAAGAACGCCAAGUGAGAUCAGGAUUCUUCAAAAGGAAUUAAUCCAUGAAAAUUGGAUACCACUCGACAGAGAGAAACAAAUCUAUCAUAACUUUAACAAACAACAGAGAAUCUGGACUGAUGCCAUUCUUAUUGAAUUACCAUACUAUGAAACGGAUGAACAAAUAAAUAAAAAUGUUAGUCAGAAUAAAAAAGGUUUAUUACGCAAGAUACCUACCAUUAUUUAUCGCUUAUUUCUAAGUCCUUUGGCAGAAAAUGAUUACGGAGAAUAUUUAUGUGAAGUAGAACAUGAAACAGGUAGAAAGCAAUUUUUCAUACAAGUCCAACCUCCAGGUAAUCCACCAAUUAGUGUUAAAAACAUUCGCUUUAUACGGGAACAAUCAUAUAUUCGAGUUUACUUUGAUCCAUUGAAUUUUUUAAGGUCUAUAAAAGGUGUCACAUCUCAUAUAGAUGAUAGUAAGAAUCAUAUUUUAAUGACAAAGUCUACUGUGCAUGUAAAUAAAGUUCGAUCAUUACUUUCUUCUUCCGCCGAUGAUAAGAAGCAACAGUUGGAAUGGAAAAUGGUAAUGGUGAUAUGCCCUUUAUACUACUCUCAGCGUAAUAAAUUAUCAGAACAUGCUGAUAAUGAUUGUUCUUCACCACACAUAAAAAAUAGUAUUCAAAGAAAAUUUAAUUAUGACCAGUGGUUGGAAGUGUAUCGUUUGUUACCAAAUAUUAAAUAUCAAACUACUUUACUGUCGAAUGAAUGUAUUGAAAAAUUAAUUGAAUAUCCUGAACAAGGUAGAAUUGAGAUUCUUUUGGCCUACCCAUAUAAUCAUACAGUAAAAAAUACAUCCUAUCGUGAAGCAGAAACAAAUUUCAAUGAAACAACAAAGCAGUCAAAUUUGUUCGUGGAUAAAGCUUUGCCUAAUGAUGAUCAAGGAAUCCAGGUGAACUGGUCAAAUGAUGAAAAACUGACUUAUCAGUUUAGAUUUUAUGACGAAGUUGGAAGUUUAACUUAUUCAACGGAGUGGUAUUAUGAAGAAAAUGAUAACUAUAUUGAAGAAUCCGCUUUUUCGCAGUUCAUUCAUCGGAAAACCUACAUGUGGAUUAUAAUUGCUGGUGUUUCAAUCUUUCCACUUUUAACCAUCCUAUUGAUCUUGGUAUUACGCAAAAAGCUAAGCAUUAAAAAAGAUUUUGAUACAAAUUUCAAUCAGAGUUUAACACCACUGAAUAAAUCCAUGAUUAACUCAGCUGCUACAUCGCCAAUAGCAAACUGUAAAUUACAAGAUAACUUUUAUGUGGCGAAUUUUUCAGUUGUUGAUAGUCCUUGUUCAUUGAUAAGUCGAAAUGAGCGCUUGAACAGUAGACAAUUUUCAAAGAUUUCAUCAAUGUGCAAUAGAGAAGUUCAAAAAUUUCCAAAUGAUAAAUAUCAAUCUGACAAUAGACACAUCAGUAAUCAAAAUUUGCACUAUAACACUUUACAAAAGGGUGAAAUGAUCAAUGGAGAAAACGAAUCAAUAAAUAUGCCGAAAAAUCUUUUGAAUUACGCUACAAUCAACUAA